AUCAACAUGAAGAGCUCUAUCUUUGCCGGUGUUCUGCUGCUCUCGGCUGCCGUGCUCUCUGUGGACGGAGAAACUGGAGUUCAAAGGUUUAAGAGACAACAUAUGAACAGGUGGAUGAGUAGUCAGGGUUGCACGUUUGAGAUACGCUCAAACAGAAUCAUGAACGACGACGGCUCCUGUAAGAAGAGAAACACCUUCAUCAAUGACUACUACGAUAAUGUGAAAGCCAUCUGUUCGCGUGGACAAAAGAAGGGUGGUAAUCUGUAUCAAAGCAACAAGCUCUUCAGUAUUGUUCAAUGCACACUCCAGUCUGGGACCAGGUUUCCAGACUGUGAGUACCGGAAUGAUUCACCAACCACAAGAAAGAAAAUUGUGAUUGGAUGUAAUGACUACCAACAACCUGUUCACUUUGAAGAAUUUAUGUAA